AUGAAGGUGGACAGGACCUUACUCCUCAGUGCCUUGGCUCUGCUCACUCUCUGUGGUAAUGCUACAGCUGAGUCCCUAGGGAGAAAGGCCAAUUGCAAUGAAGAAAUGAUGGGAUGCCCCAGGAUCUACCAGCCCGUCUGUGGCACUGAUGGAGUUACUUAUUCCAAUGAAUGUAUGCUAUGUGCUGAAAAUACAAAGCGCCAGGUUCCUGUCCGCAUUCAAAAAUCGGGGCCUUGCUGAGAACCUGGAAGCCA